GAAGUGGGCUGGCUCUACUGCAUUACCGUAUCAUACUGAAAAGGUUACUGCAUCACUCAACUUGUACACGAGGAGUAGCCCUGAUGAGUAUAGAUUUUAGUUUAAUUUUUUGAAAAGAGAAGUAAGUACAUUCUCUUCAGGAGAGGUUAGAAGGAUUGUAUACUUACACAAAUCUUCACAGAAUUAACUGUAGCUACAGCCACCACUCUCUUUGAAGCUUCUGUGUGUGAUUUAUUUCCUGAAUUCCAGGCAGGAUGAUAGCUGCACAGGUUUUGGCCUACUUCUUUACAGAAUUAAAGGCUGAUCAAGUCAAAAAGAUUGAUAAAUAUCUAUAUGCAGCUCGCCUCUCAGAUGAAACACUGCUUGAUGUUAUGGCACGGUUCAGAACUGAGAUGGAGAAAGGACUAGGACGGGACACUAAUCCAACAGCAACACUUAAAAUGCUGCCUACUUUUGUUCGAUCAACUCCAGAUGGAACAGAAAAGGGAGACUUUCUUGCACUGGAUUUAGGAGGCUCCAGUUUUCGCAUUCUACGUGUAAAAGUGUCUUGUGAGCGACAGCAGAAGGUGGAGAUGGAAUCCCAGAUCUACCCUACACCAGAGGAUAUCAUGCACGGCAGUGGUGCACGGCUUUUUGAUCAUGUUGCUGAAUGCCUGGGAGAUUUCAUUGAGAAACAAGAAAUCAAGGAUAAGAAGCUUCCACUUGGCUUCACUUUUUCCUUUCCUUGCAGACAGAGCAGAUUGGAUGAGAGUGUUCUGAUCACAUGGACAAAAGGUUUCAAAGCGAGUGGAGUGGAGGGUUCAGAUGUGGUGAAGCUACUUCGCAAGGCUAUUGACAAGAGAGGGGACUAUGAUGUGGACAUUAUGGCUGUGGUGAAUGACACUGUUGGCACUAUGAUGACCUGUGGAUUUGAUGACCAGCGCUGUGAAGUUGGUCUUAUUAUAGGUACCGGCACUAAUGCUUGUUACAUGGAGGAGCUGAGACAUAUAGACUUGAUGGAAGGUGACGAAGGACGGAUGUGCAUAAACAUUGAGUGGGGAGGUUUUGGAGAUGAUGGGUCACUUGAGUCUAUCAGAACAGAAUUUGAUCGGGAAAUAGACCGUGGUUCCCUCAAUCCAGGAAAGCAAUUGUUUGAGAAAAUGAUCAGUGGAAUGUAUAUGGGAGAACUUGUGAGGCUCAUUCUUGUCAAGAUGGCCAAGGAAGGACUGAUCUUUGAAGGAAACAUCACGCCAGAACUGCUUACCAAAGGAAAAUUGGAAACAAAGCACGUAUCUGCCAUUGAGAAAAGCAAAGGUGGUUUGCUGAAAGCCAAGGAAAUUCUGACACGCCUGGGCCUGGAGCCAUCAGAUGAGGAUUGCAUUGCUGUACAGCAUGUUUGUACAAUUGUUUCCUUCCGUUCGGCCAAUCUGUGUGCUGCUGCCCUUGGAGCCAUCCUGACCCGACUUCGUGAUAAUAAAGGAGUGCCAAGACUCCGCACCACAGUGGGAGUGGAUGGAUCACUCUACAAGAUGCAUCCACAAUUUGCCAGACGCCUCCAGAAAACAGUGAGACGCCUGGUUCCCGACUGUGAGGUCCGAUUUCUCCUUUCGGAAAGUGGCAGUGGAAAAGGUGCUGCCAUGGUUACUGCAGUGGCCGCAAGGCUUGCUUCGCAACGCAAAGAAAUAGAUGAAACAUUGGCUUCGUUCACACUCACGCAAGAACAACUGUUUGAGGUGAAGAAGAGAAUGAGAACAGAGAUGGAGCUUGGUUUAAAGAAGAAAUCUCAUGAGGCUGCAACAGUGAAAAUGUUGCCAACCUUUGUUCGUAGCACCCCAGAUGGGACAGAAAAUGGGGAUUUUGUAGCCCUUGACCUCGGUGGAACCAACUUCCGUGUUCUACUUGUGAAGAUUCGUAGUGGCAAGAGACGAACAGUUGAAAUGCACAACAAAAUCUAUGCUAUUCCCUUGGAGAUAAUGCAAGGGACCGGCGAAGAGCUGUUUGACCACAUUGUUCAUUGCAUCUCUGAUUUCCUCGAUUACAUGGGAAUGAAAGGUGCUCGGCUCCCUCUUGGUUUCACCUUUUCCUUCCCUUGUGAGCAGAAGAGUUUAGAUGAGGGUAUUCUUCUUACAUGGACCAAAGGUUUUAAAGCAACUGAUUGUGAGGGAGAGGAUGUAGUUACUAUGUUAAGGGAUGCCAUUAAAAGAAGAGAUGAGUUUGAACUUGAUGUUGUAUCAAUUGUGAAUGACACCGUUGGGACAAUGAUGACGUGUGCUUAUGAAGAUCCACAUUGUGAAGUUGGAAUGAUUGUAGGGACUGGCAGUAAUACUUGCUACAUGGAAGAAGCAAGAAACACUGAGCUUGUAGAGGGAGACGAAGGGCUCAUGUGCGUUAAUAUGGAGUGGGGUGCCUUUGGUGACAAUGGAUGCCUUGAUGAUAUCAGGACAGAGUACGACAAUGCUGUGGAUGAUCUGUCAUUAAACCAAGGGAAACAAACAUAUGAAAAAAUGAUCAGUGGGAUGUAUUUGGGUGAAAUUGUGCGAAAUGUGGUCAUCGAUUUCACCAGACGAGGAUUCCUGUUCAGAGGACAGAUCUCUGAGAGACUAAAGACAAGAAGCAUCUUUGAAACCAAGUUCCUGUCCCAGAUAGAAAGUGACCGCCUAGCUCUGCUCCAAGUCCGUGCAAUCCUUCAGCAACUUGGCUUGGACAGCACUUGUGAUGACAGUAUCAUCGUUAAGGAGGUCUGCGGAGCUGUUUCUAAGAGAGCAGCCCAGCUCUGUGGUGCAGGAAUGGCUGCUGUUGUUGACAAAAUAAGGGAGAACCGGGAUUUAGAUCACCUGGAGAUUACUGUUGGUGUAGAUGGAACUCUCUACAAACUUCACCCACAUUUUUCAAAGAUCAUGCACAAAACGGUAAAAGAACUGGCCCCAAAAUGCAAUGUGACGUUCCUGUUAUCAGAAGAUGGUAGUGGAAAGGGCGCUGCUCUUAUUACAGCAGUGGCAUGUAGACUUCGUGAAUCUGGACAGUAAGAACUCUCGUGAACAGCGCCAACUCCUGGGACAGGGGUAGUAUUGCAUAUUCCCUGCACUUUCCUUUUUAAAACAGCUAUGGCUCCAUUGUCAUAGUUGAGGUUUUCAGUGUGUUCUGCUGAGCCCUGCAUAGAUAAACGUGCAAAAAAACUUCCAUAUGAAAUGCCAAAAAGACCAGUAGCAACACACAGGUUAACUAGAAACUGCUGGAUUUGCAAAAGUCCUGAUUCCAAAAUUACUGUGCUCUGUCAGUUCCAGUUUUGUGCUUUCUGUCAUCACAUACACUAGCUUCUAAACUGUCUGUUCAUGAUUUUCUUAAGGCUGUUGAAGGAGAUAAAACUGGAUUCAAGCUCCAUCUAGCCUGUUUUGUUGUAGUGGUACAGCAUUCUCUCAGUAAAAAGGGUAUCCUGAUUUACCCGUCUGUUACAUAAUUUUGUGAAGUAUUGUGUCGUGUCUUAACAAAGGUAUAUAUAUUUGGUAACUUAAAAUUCCCCUGAAAAAUGAAAACAGCUGUUAAAAUCUGAACUGCAUUUUCAGAAAAUAUAGUUGUUUGUUGUGUUACACAUUGCUGUCACCUCUUGUAGAUGAGUUUAAGAUCUAUGUAAAAUGCAUGCCUUAUUGACAAAGCAGAACCUUUAAUUUUAUACUCUCGUAGAGGCGCACGUGUUUUAAAGUGACUUUGUGAAUACAUUAAACUUGAUCUAAUGUG